AUGAACACAAAAAUCUUGCAUGCCCAUUUGCUUAAAACCCGUGAUUUACAAUCUGAUAUCUUCUUAAUGAACUCUUUGCUCCAUUGGUACUGUAAAUCUGCUGACAUGGCUGUUGCCUGCAAGCUGUUUGAUACAAUUACUCUUCCAAAUCUUGUUUCUUGGAACAUCAUGAUAUCCGGUUAUGACCGUGAUUUGAUGUUUGAGAAGUCAUUGGAAAUGUUUUGUAGGAUGCGUUUGAUUGGCGUUAAGCCUGAUGAAUUUAGUUAUGGGAGUGUUCUUUCGGCCUGUAGUGCUUUGCAAGCUCCAAUAUUUGGCAAGCAAAUUUAUUCACUUGUGAUGAAAGAUGGUUUUCUUUCCAGUGGUUAUGUUCAGACUCGAAUGAUGGAUUUGUUUUCCAAACUUUGCAACUUCAAGGUGGCGCUCAGGUUUUUCCAUGAUGCUUCAUGUGAUAAUGUGGCGUGUUGGAAUGCUAUUAUUUCUUUGGCAGUUAAGAGCCAAGAAAACUGGGUUGCUUUGAAUCUGUUUUGUCAAAUGUGUUGUGAAUCUCUACAGCCAAAUAGUUAUACAUUUCCAAGCAUAUUAACAGCAUGUUGUGUGCUUAAGGAGAUGCAUAUUGGGAAAUCAGUUCAUGGGUGGGUGAUCAAAUGUGGUGCAACAGAUGUCUUUGUGGAGACUGCUAUUGUUGAUUUAUAUGCAAAAUUUGGAUGUAUGAGAGAAGCUUUUAGACAAUUCACUGGGAUGCAAGUCCAUAAUGUGGUCUCCUGGACUGCUAUAAUUUCUGGGUUUGUGCAAGAGGAUGAUAUUAUUUUUGCUCUAAAACUUUUCAAAGAUAUGAGAGAAAUAGGGCAGGAGAUAAAUAGCUAUACUGUUACAAGUGUACUUUCUGCAUGUGCUAAACCUGGGAUGAUUAAGGAGGCAGGUGAAAUUCAUUCCUUGGUAUUAAGACUAGGGCUGAAUUUGGACGCUAAGGUUGGGGCUGCUUUAGUCAACAUGUACGCAAAAAUAGGAGAACUUGGACUAUCUGAAUUAGCCUUUGGCGAGAUGAAAAAUGUAAAGGAUCAGAGUGUAUGGGCAGCCAUGUUGUCAUGUUUUGGUCAGAACCAAAAUUCUGGAAGGGCAUUUGAAUUAUUCUGUGAAAUGUUAGGAGAAGGAAUGAAACCUGACGAGUAUUGUAUUAGUAGUGUGUUAAGUAUUAUGAGCUUAAAUCUAGGGUCCCAGAUACAUGGUUACAUUUUGAAGUCUGGGUUACUCACCAAUAUUUCUGUAGGCUGUUCACUUUUAACAAUGUACUCUAAGUGUGGUUGUUUAGAGGAAUCUUAUAAAGUUUUUCAGUUAGUUCCUGUCAAGGACAAUAUCUCAUGGACCUCCAUGAUUUCUGGUUUUGCAGAGCAUGGGUGUGCAGAUCGAGCUCUUCAGCUAUUUAAAGAAAUGCUCUAUCAAGAUAUUGUACCUGAUAACAUUACCUUAAUUUCAACUCUAACUGCAUGUUCUGAUCUUUGUUUCUUAAAGAUGGGUAAAGAAAUUCAUGGGUAUGCGCUUUGUUUAGGAGUAGGAACAGACACAGUUGUUGGUAGUGCACUUGUAAACAUGUAUUCAAAAUGUGAAAGCUUGAAUUUGGCAAGGACGGUGUUUGAUAUGCUGCCCCAAAAGGACGCAUUUGCUUGCUCUUCCUUGGUCUCAGGAUAUGCCCAAAAGGGUCUAAUUGAAGAGUCAUUUUUGUUGUUCCAUGAUAUGCUCCUGACUGGUGUAACAGUUGAUGCCUUUACAAUUUCAUCCAUUCUUGGGGCUGCUGCACAUUUGUAUCAGUCAGACAUUGGAACACAACUGCAUGCCUACAUUGAAAAAUCAGGGUUACAAGCAGAUGUAUCUGUUGGUAGUUCACUAGUGACAAUGUACUCAAAAUGUGGAAGUAUUGAGGAUUGCCGUAAAGCAUUUGAUGAUGCCGAGAACCCUGAUUUGAUAGGUUGGACAUCCAUCAUAGUGAGCUAUGCACAACAUGGUAAAGGAAAAGAGGCCUUAGCUGCUUAUGAAUUGAUGAGAAAAGAAGGCAUCCAACCUGAUGCAAUAACUUUUGUUGGUAUUCUAUUGGCAUGUAGUCAUAGUGGGCUAAUUGAAGAAGCCUUCUUCUAUCUUGAUUCAAUGUUCAAAGACUAUAACAUUAAGCCAGGUCCUCGUCAUUAUGCUUGUAUUGUUGAUCUUCUCGGUCGAUCAGGUAGACUGAGAGAGGCUGAAAGUUUCAUUAAAAAGAUGCCUGUUAAGGCAGAUUCUCUAAUAUGGGGAAUUUUGCUUGCUGCUUGCAAGGUCCAUGGUGAUUUUGAGCUUGGCAAGUUAGCAGCCAAAAAGGUAAUGGAAUUGGGGGCAAGUGAUGCUGGAGUGUAUGUGUCCUUUUCAAACAUCUGUGCAGAUGUAGGACUGUGGGAAGAAGUCUCAAAGAUUAGAAGCUCGUUGAAGGGAAUUAGGAUGAAGAAAGAGCCUGGUUGGAGCCUUUUAUGA